GAGAUGUUUGAAGUUUGCAUGUCAGCUGUGUGUUAGAGGUGACUCAGUAUGUUAUUUUUAGUAUUAUUAGAAACUUUUUCUUGUUACUUUUAAGCCUUUUCUUCAACUUAUACUAUUGUUCGAUUUUUUUUUUUUGGGUUACAUUUUAUUUUCAGAAUAUGAAAAACAAACAAAAGUGUGCAUUCGGCUCGCGCAGUCGUGCCCUGCGUGCUCGCUCACAUUCUGACCACGAGGGGGCGCGCGCACCCAAGUAGAGCGGGGCGCGCGCACGCACCGAACGGGCUCGCGCUGUGCUGUGUGCAGAUGUGUCGCAGAUUCUUUUCAAAUCAAACGGACACACCGGAAACUUCCGAGUUGCGGCAUUUGAAUGACCAUUUAAACUGUUGGUGGUCGUGCUGGAAGCGGGACACCCGUUAAGGCUCUCGUUAGCUCGGCUUGAGGCGGAGAAAAGACGCCACUUUUUUUGGCAGGUCGGAGACGCGCGCGCUGAUGGAGCUGUCAGCCAUCGGCGAGCAAGUGUUUGCCGUGGAAUCAAUCGUCAAGAGAAGAGUUCGGAAGGGGAACGUGGAGUACCUGUUGAAAUGGAAAGGAUGGCCUCCAAAGUACAGCACAUGGGAACCUGAGGAACACAUUCUGGAUCAUCGUUUAGUCCUAGCCUACGAAGAGAAAGAGCAGAGGGACAGGAUGCUGAGUCACAAGAGGAAAGGAUCCAAGGCCAAAAGACUCCUGCUGCAGAAUACGGUCUAUACCAUGGACCUUCGCAGUGCUCACAAGACCACGGACACGCCCCGACCACGUUUACGUCUCUCCCUAACCCGCUCGCUGGGUCUGGAUGAGGAAGAUGAGGAUGAGGAAGAUGAGGGGAAUGAGGAGGUAGAUGAAGAGGAAGAAGAGGAAGAGGACCAGUCGUACAGUGACUGCAGUCAGAUGCUUUGUCACAACAACAAGCGGAAGCCACAGAACCAAUGUCUUGACUCGAGGCCAGUGAGUCCAGCACAAGACGACUGUAAAAGCGAAGGUGAGGAAGAAGCAGAUGAAGAGAUGGUUGAAUAUGAUGAGGAGGAAAUUCUUGAUACAGCAGAAAAAAGCCUUGACAUGCCUAACGGUCAAAAGAGGGCAGCCAAGUGGAACUCUACUAUUGGCCGAGUGGGCAUGACCGACGCAGUCUGGAGACCUAUCAUUGGUCCAGGAGAGGUGACGGUCACAGACGUCACCCUCAACUCUCUCACCGUGACUUUCCGAGAGUCACAUGCGGCCAAAGGCUUCUUCCGAGUGUGGGGGCUGGAAGUUUGAAGAACGAGAGCCAAGGUUUGGGGCAAAGAGGGAUUAUUAGUGUCAAUGUGUACUCUCUCGUUGUCAACUUCCAGUCCAGUCUGUGCUUUGUUUUCAUACACCUAAACAGGAACUGAAAGGUGUAAAAUGGAAGUGAAGUUAGACACGCGUGCAUGUGUGUUGCUAACAUACACAUACGCUGUAUGUUGGCAAUGCUUAAGAGACAAAGAAGCCAAUAUGAACAGUGAUUCAAUGUUUAGUGUCUAUUUCCAAGUUUUAAGUUUUACAGUAGAUCUCUGCUAUUUGCCAGGGUUAUGUUCUAAGACCACCCAUAAAUGUGAAUAAUGAACGCGUCUAUUUGAUUCUCUAAACAUUAUUACAUGCCUCACAGUUAUUAAACUCAUUUAAAUUUUAAGUGCACACAUUGGAAACAUUACAGGCAUACAGUAUAUAGUAUUGUCCUGUAUUGUGAACGAGCAGUUACGCAACAUCGUGUCUAGUCAAAGCGUCUUCAUGCUGGAACAAAUUGAGUGAAUUAACGUGUGAAACAGCACUCUCUGUUGGAUUCAUAGCUGCAGCACUCCUUUUUCCCCAGUAGUAUUUUAUCUUCUAUCUAUACAUAUUAGUGAGCAAUAUGUAGUAAUUCCAUCCAUCCAUUUUCUACCGCGUGUCCCUCUUAGGGUCGCGGGGGGUGCUGGAGCCUAUCUCAGUAUUUAUUACUAUUUUUUGUUUUUCAUUACGUUUUACUUCUGUUACUGUAUGUAAAAACAUGCAAUGCAACAACGUAAUUUCCCCAUUGUGGGUUAAAUAAAGGUCUGUCCUAUUCUAUCAUAUCCAAGCAACUUUCUCUUUAAGUCACUAUUUAAAAAUGAAUGAUAAUUUAAAGCAGAGAAAACAAAUGCCAAAAUGCGGAUCAGCAGGGAUCUACUGUAUUGCUUACUCCUUGCGUAGAUGCUCUUCAAAGGCUCCACGUGCUGGCACACUUUUAACGGGAACACUAACAUUUUUGAAUGUAGUAUAAGUACAGGAAACAAAUUUUGCACUAUGAACUGACGAAAUGACAAAAUUUAUCCAGGGAAACAACCAAGUUAAUUGCACUAAUAGAUUAUCAUUGUAUGUAUUUAUAUUCUAUGUUUUAAGUAAGUACAGUAAUAAUGAACAAACAUUAAACCUAGUGCAGGUACUCCUGCAGUCUAUUUUAAAUGAAGAGUAUAAGUUGUUCAUUCAUUUGAUUAAUUUAUUUCAGGCAAUGACACAGAAAAAAUACAAGGUAGACAACAUAUAUAAUAAUAGGAAUUCAUAUAGUGCAAAAGGAAUUGUGCAGUAUGUACACAUGGCAAUCAAGUUUUGCCUGAGAGUUAUCAUGAGGAACAAAAGAUCUGUGCUACAACGAGCUGCUGUUGUCCAACAUGUUGUACAUAGAGUACAUCAAUACACGUAUUGUGUUGUAGUAUUUGUGUCACACACUAUUCAACAUUGCUUACAAAACCACCUGUAUCAUAGAGUGAGUACUCCCCUCAUAUUUCUGCAAACAUUUGAUCUUGUCAAAUAACAAUACUACAUAAAUGAUGAUCAGAUGUACUUAAGAGUAGUCAGUGUACAGCUUGUAUAGCAGGAGAGAUCAUCGGAACAUGACUCAACACAGAUAUUAUUGUCGGAAAAGCUGCCAGCAAAAGUGAGGGCGACUCCGAUAUUUAAUGUGAAAAUAUUCAUCAGCUUCAUCUUGGAGCAUCUUCCUCAGCAAGGCACUUGUUAUCUUGGAGGUCACCAACUCAGAGGCUCCUUAUAAUGCGGACAAGUUUCCAUAAGGAAGAGAUCAUGCUGUGUACUUCGCAGUACAUGUUGGAAAUCAUGUUUUCUUUCUGUGAAGCGCAGCUCCCCAGACCCGGCAGCACUCAUGCAGCCCCAGACCAUUACGCUACAAGACACAAUUAUCUUGUGUUGCCAGUUAUUUAUGUAGGGCCAAGUGGGAGAAUGUUAAAUAAAUAAAUAUAUAUUUUAAUAAUUACUUAAAUGUGUCAUUAAUUAAUUAUAAUUGGAAUUAAAUACUACAAAGUGUCAUUGAUUCAUUUAAAUCACAAUUAUGUUUAAUUGUUUAAUCAUUUGCCAAUUGAUGUUAUUUUUUCAUGUAUUAAUAAAUUAUUGAUUUCAUUAAUGACACAUUGAUUAAUAAAAUAUUUAUUUUUUAUUUGGUCCCGUUUAGCUCGUGUCAGGGCUUUGUGAAUUUAUUUAUCUGUCCAACUCGGCUCCAGCCCCCCGUGACUCCGAAAGGGAAAAGCGGUAGGAAAAUGGAUGGAUGGAUGGAAACUCCACAUGUCAAAGUCAAUGGGCGGUGCUAACACAAAUCUAGUCCAAUCAUUGCAAAGGGGAAGUGCCGGGUAACUAAUCAGGUGUUGGGAUCUGCCAAAAUACAUUCCUGAAGCGCUGACAAGGGCCCAAUGGGGAAAGAAACCAAGAAUAAAUCUUCAGAAAAAAUACUUGAAUGUGUAAAUAAAUAAUGACAUCAAUAAUUAAUUAAAUGAUUAAAUUAAAUUUUAAGGGCAGCGUAGCUCAGAUGAGAAAGUGGUUGUGCCAGCAACUUGAGGGUUCCUAGUUCGAAUCCAGCUUCCACCAUGCUAGUCACAGCCUUUGUGUCCUCAGGCAAGACACUUCACCUACCUCGCUCCUGAUGGGUCAAGGUUAGCGUCUUGCAAGGCAGCUUCAGCCAUUAGUGUGUCAAUGUGUGUGUGUAAAUGUACACUUUGGGUAUCGUGCUGGUGUAGUAAGUGCUACAUAAAUACAGACCAUUUUACAUUAGAGUAAUUAUUCCAAUUAUAAUUAAGGACACAUUUGAAGAGGAACUGCAUUUUUUGUAGGGAUGUAAGACAAUAACACAUAUGUUUUUCUUCUUUUUAUGCAUUCUAAUUUGUAAUAUAUGGCAAAUACGAGGUGACCAAAAAUGAAGCUAAUGGAAGUCUAUAGAGCCCUCUAAAAAAGAACAUCCAAAAACCGCCAACAAUACUGCAUUUACAUGUUGUGACUUGAAUAUUAACCAGGUAUCAGCAACAUUGUUGUGAUAAGAGCUAAUGCUGAGGAACUACUUUGAGCGGCGCCGUGAUCACAGAGCGGUAAAUGGCUUAUACAGCUAUUGACCUAUUGAGCCUCUGAGUUGGUGAGCGUUUGUACUAAAUAACAAAUCAUGCCUCUCACGUGUAUAGUAGAAGGUUGUGGCCAUAAGCAGAGAAGUUGGUCAACUUUGACAUUCAACUCAGACCCAGAGAUCGCGAGAAAGACAGAAAAAAAGUCUGGAUCAUCAUUUGUCCCAAAGUAGUCAUUGUUGACUCAUGAAGUGUGCCAUGAUUUAUAGUUGUUGUUGAAGGAAAUGACAAACGUGAUGCGUCUGUGAAAUCAAUGUGCUGCCGUAAUGCUUAAAAUGACCAAUUACUACAUUAAAUAUUGUAUAUACUUACAGCAUGCGUAUAAAACCUUGAUGGAGGUUUUAGAGCCCUUUAUAGGCGCAGUAGAUUGACUUCCUAUUACUUCUAUUGUUAGCUGAGCUAUGCUAGCGGAUAUUUACGAGUUAGAAUGCAUUGGGGGAAAAAAACGUGUUUGCUUGUCUCACAUAAAUAUUGUGAAUGAUACACAAUUCCAAAAAAGUGCAGUUCCCCUUUAAGUAAUUAUUUAAAGAUGCAUUUAUAUAAUUUGGGUUCUCCGUAGCUAUUUAGACAAUAAUGGCAGUGACUCAUUUUCAGUGGAUGGUAAAUUAAUUCAAGCUGUAUACUGACUACUCUAAAGUAUAUCUAAGUUGUUGUAAUGAGAGAUACUGUAUCUCCAGCUGUAUCAAUCUCAGUACAUUGAUUAAAGAAAUUACAAAUUAAGUGAAGUGUACCUUUUAGUCCUGAUACUGUAGCAAUACAAGUAGUCUGUGUUCUACAAUGUUUGACCUUUUACAUGGAGAUCAAACCCAGGAAAUUGAGAUAAAUCACUUCUUGCAAAGCACUGGAGGGAACUAAAACGAUAAGAAGACUAAAAUGUUACAAAAGUUCUAAUUAGUGACUUAAAAGAAGAUCUAUGUCUGGAAGUUAUCUCACAAGAACGUUGGUGGACAAAACUGAAACUGCAGGGAGUGAAGUGCCUGACAUCCAUCCAUCUUCUUCCGCUUAUCCGAGGUCGGGUCGCGGGGGCAGCAGCUUAAGCAGGGAAGCCCAGACUUCCCUCUCCCCAGCCACUUCGUCCAGCUCCUCCCGGGGGAUCCCGAGGCGUUCCCAGGCCAGCCGGGAGACAUAGUCUUCCCAACGUGUCCUGGGUCUUCCCCGUGGCCUCCUACCGGUCGGACGUGCCCAAAACACCUCCCUAGGGAGGCGUUCGGGUGGCAUCCUGACCAGAUGCCCGAACCACCUCAUCUGGCUCCUCUCGAUGUGGAGGAGCAGCGGCUUUACUUUGAGCUCCCCCCGGAUGGCAGAGCUUCUCACCCUAUCUCUAAGGGAGAGCCCCGCCACCCGGCGGAGGAAACUCAUUUCGGCCGCUUGUACCCGUGAUCUUGUCCUUUCGGUCAUAACCCAAAGCUCAUGACCAUAGGUGAGGAUGGGAACGUAGAUCGACCGGUAAAUUGAGAGCUUUGCCUUCCGGCUCAGCUCCUUCUUCACCACAACGGAUCGAUACAGCGUCCGCAUUACUGAAUUUCAUUAUUUAUUAUUUACUUUGGUUGUUUCUCUGAGUGUAGUACUCGUAAACUAAGACUUGAAAAAUAAGCAAAAAUGAAGACUAAAAGGAGUCUUUAUUUUUCUACAUGAAACCGAAUGUAUAUUUAUUCUUUAGAGAAGAUACAGUACCUGUUUACUUGUUGGGGUCUUCAACCUUGCCCAGGCCAAGGACCCCAGACUGAUGAAGGGAUGGAAUGGGGACCUACUUACAUAUCUUGUAUUAAAGUUGUGUUUUGAAUUAAACUGGAUAUAAAAGUACCUUGUUAUUGUGCAAUAUUCACCUGCAUUCUCUUCCUCGAUGGAGGGGAUACUGGUGGUCCUCGGGUUAUGAACGAGUACCAGACUUUCCUAGAAGUUGACUUUUAGUGUAAGUCAGAUUUUAUUUCUAAAAUAUUCAUAAAUGAACAACCUAAAUGACUGACAAUGUACAUAAAACACAUGAAGGACAUUUAAAAGAUUAAAAAGAUUACAUAAGGAAUUUAAAUGAAAGAAUAAUAAAAACAGAACAACUCAUUAUGUGAGCCAUUUUUCCAGAGACAAUUAUUUAUUAUUUGUUAUUAAUAAUUAUUUGUGUCUCACCGUCAAGUCACAGUAGUCGUGUAUACUGCACUUUUUUUUAAUCCACUGCGGUCGUCUUUCAGGCAUUUAUAUCUUAGGUAUAUUAUCCCAGGCUAGUCAGGAAGGAUAAACUAUUCUUCUCCUAUUCUUCUCUAACGUCACAGAUUCAUGACCACUCUAGUUUUCAUAUAACUUCAAUGAGGAUCUCUAUUGUGAUAAUCAAGAAAAAGGUAACAACUACAAGGUUUACCCUCAAUUGCCAAGAUACCUGUGGUGGUGGGGGCGUGGUCAAUGUCACAUUAUUUGCCAUGAUGCAUAUAUUUUCUUUAAAAAGGCAAAAAGAUGUAUACAUGCAUUUAAAACAAAUCUGUUAUUAACUAUAGUAUUAAUGUAUAUUUUUUCUUACAUAAUAUUGUGUUGCUCUAUUUUUCAAUUGUUGCUGCAUAUUGUACAAUGUACUUUGUUGAGAUGUUUUUCUUUUUUAGAGACUACUCCAAUCCUUCUAGUCACUCUGUCUUUAUUAAA